AUGCAAGAUAAAUACAUGGAAGUUAAAGUUUUCAAUGUGGGAGAAGAUAUGACAGCGUUUCUGUGUAACGAGAGGUUUCUAGUUGGUACUUACAGCAAGCUGCAACCAGGCGAAGCUCUUUAUCAAGAUGGGAACUUGAGGUCGAGUUCUUCAAAAGUGAAGGAGAGUGAUGUAGGAAGUCUGAUUACGCGUAUCGAAGAACUUAAAUCAUCAAUUCAAUGUAUAAUGAUCAUGUCGAUAACUGAAGCAGAGUACACAACGACAGAUGAAGAUGUCAAAGAAGCCUUAUGGCUUACAAGAUUGAUGAGAGAAUUUGGUGUUGAGUAA